UUUCAAGUCAAAGCGUGUAAAAAGUGAGAACGAAAUGGGGAAGUCAUGAUUGCCUGCCUCGUCUUUAGCCGCGAUCAACCGCUCCAUGUCCGUCCGCACAUCCCAUCGGAUUGAAUCCAUCACCACGGUUUGACCCCCAUUAUCUCUCCAACAGUUAUUACACGUUGUAGAAAUUUAGUACGACUUCAACCCUUCUUUCUUUAGUCCUCCAUCUCUCUCUUCUCCAUUCAACUCUCUCCAGUCCAACCGCCAAAAAAAGAAAAAAAAGAACUCCCCAGAAGAUGUACGUAGCUAUAUCUAUAUAUACAUGAGCUCUUCGUUUCUUCCUCCCUCGAAUUCGCACUUAGACAUCACCCAUAAUCCCUCACAUCCCGCACUGCAAACCCAUCAUGUCUAUUCUCCUGUUUGUAGGGUUUUCUGUGAUCUUGUAUGCCUUCCUCUCCCUCAUUCACCAUAACCUCAGCAAGAAGACCUCCUCCUCCUCCUCUUCACUUCGUAUGAGCCACGGCCCUCCUUCUUAUCCCAUCAUUGGGUGUCUCCUCUCUUUCUACCGGAACCGUUCCCGCCUUCUCGACUGGUACACCGACCUCCUGUCCCGAUCCCCUACCCAGACCAUCGUGAUUCACCGGCUCGGCGCGUGCCGCACGGUCGUCACUGCCAACCCUGACAACGUCGAGCACGUCCUCAAGGCCAACUUCCACAACUACCCCAAGGGCGUCCCCUUCACCAGCAUCCUUGGCGACUUACUUGGCUGCGGCAUCUUCAACGUUGACGGUCCUCUCUGGAGCACCCAGCGCAAGCUUGCCAGCCAUGAGUUCAGCACCCAUUCAUUGAGGGACUUUGUCCUGCGGAUGCUUGAAGCUGAAGUCGAGAACCGGCUCUUGCCGCUUCUCCAAGACUAUGCCGACACUGAUCGAACCCUAGACCUUCAAGACUUGCUCAAGAGGUUCACUUUCGACACUGUGUGCCAGGUUUCUUUAGGCACCGACCCGGAUUGCCUCGACCUCUCGCGCCCGCUGCCUCCUCUGGUGACUGCCUUCGAAAAUGCUUCCAGGAUAUGCGCAAUGCGGGCCACCUCCCCAGUUUAUCUGGUCUGGAAGAUCAAGAGGGCAUUGAGCAUCGGGUCCGAAAAGAAGCUUGCUGAAGCUGUCAAGCUCGUGCAUGGCGAUAUACUUGAUAUAAUCCGGAACAGGAAGAAGAAGCUGCUCCAGGAGAAUGGCGAUCAGCAGAUAAAAUACGACGGCGACCUCUUGUCUCGGUUUCUUGCCGCCGGGCACAGUGAAGAGAUGGUGCGGGACAUGGUGAUAAGCUUCGUGAUGGCCGGGAGAGAUACCACAUCGGCAGCGAUGACGUGGCUCUUCUGGCUGCUUGCUCAGAACUCGAAUGCCGAGCAGGCGAUCAUAAGUGAAAUUGACUCGAUUCUUGACCAGAGCUGCAACAAGUUCUUGGAAUUCGAAAACUUGAAGGAGAUGAAGUUCCUGAAGGCAUGCCUUUGUGAAUCAAUGAGGCUGUACCCGCCGAUCGCAUGGGACUCAAAGCACGCCACUGUGGACGACGUGUUGCCGGAUGGGACCCCGGUGAGGAAGGGCGAUAGAGUGACGUACUUUCCCUACGGGAUGGGGAGGAUGGAGGAGCUGUGGGGCAAGGACAGGCUCGAGUUCAAACCGGACCGGUGGCUGGUGGGACCAGGAAUGGAAGAUGGUGCCAAGGGGGGGUUGAGAGCGGUGAGUCCGUUCAAGUACCCGGUUUUUCAGGCCGGUCCAAGGGUGUGCCUCGGGAAGGAGAUGGCCUUCAUCCAGAUGAAGUAUGUCGUGGCAUCGAUCUUGAGGAGGUUUGAGAUCAGACCGGUUCUCGAGAACGGGCCCAUUUUUGUUCCUCUGUUGACCGCGCACAUGGCCGGAGGGCUGAAGGUGGCGGUCAAGAAAAGGACCUAAUGGGAAGCUACCAAGGUGUUGCAACGAAAGGAGUUGGAGGGUACAUAAGAUAGGGUUGGUAGCAUAACAAUGCUCGUCGUUUUUGUAGUUUUAAAAGCCUCAAAUGAUUCAAUGAAAAGAUUAAUGAAGUAGUGUUCAUGCGGACAAAAUGCCUACUCAUAUCAUUGCCUCGAUACAUGAAUAUCUACCCCCAUAAUACAGCCUUGUGGAGAACGGACCAUAUGCACCAAUACAUAAAAUCGGUAGAGAAUAAGGGUUUUUAGAUCCUAGUGACCUGAAGGAAUCCAAAGCCAUUUUUUAUGGACAUUUUGGAUUCUAAGUGCCCCUAAGAAUCCUUUGAGGGAAAAUUUAGAAAAAAAAAGAAGACCCAAAAUGCCUUCUUAAAUAAGAAUCCUAGUGCACUUUAUUUUUUAAAUAAGGGCUUUAAUUGGCCUUGUUUGUUUCAAAUAACAG